AACAGAUGGCACGCCGCCGUCAGUCUUGUCACUGAGCGAGUGGCGCCAGGAUGUACGUGUGGCGUCCCUGUAAAUACCUCUGAAUACCAAUGAUGCGGGUGGUUGGACGGGCGUACAGGGAGCUGGUCACUGUCCGCGGGAUGGGGGUCACCGCCCGCCGACACACACACACCAAGUUCUGACCAUCACCCGCUGGCUGCCUGCCCCCCCACCACUCACCCCCACCACCACCACCAACAACCACCACCACCAACAACCACCACCAACACCGCCACCACCACCUCUCGCCGCGCCGCACACACUCCGACGAUGAUCUCAUAAUAAUGUGAUACACAAUCAAAACCUGUGGAGAGCGUGUGUAUGUGUGAUUGUGUGUGUUUGUGUGUGUGUGUGACCCCAAGAGCACUCUCUCUCACACAACACACACAUCUGUCAUUAAGAUAAAUGAAUAUAUAUAUAAAUAUAUAUACACACACAUAUAUAAAUAUAUAUAUAUAAAUCUAUAUUAGAGUUUUUAUUUUACAAGUGAUGGACAAGAAUGAUGGUGACACUUGUUCACGAGUCGAGACAGAGAUAGUGGCAGCUGAGUGAGGAUGAGGGAAGACUGCCGCCCUGAGGAACACCCUGUAGCUCCUCGCCCACCUCUCAUGGUUGUGUUCCCACCUCGGUAAAACUCUUAGGACGUAAAACCCGCGUGUAUGAGUGUGUGUCUGUGUGUGUGUGUGUGUGUGUAGGGGGACUCUCCAGAUGUUUACUGUAGUGGUUCCUCAUUGGCUGCCAGACGAAGGUGCAGCUACAUCAAGAUAAACAGUGAACGGCUAAGACAAGAUACAAGUUAACUUACUAUGGGUGUAUACAGACGGUGCCGCCAGCGACCUCAGGCCAGGGGUGAGGCGUCCUAGUGACCAGUGUGUGAUAUUGAAGCAACUCGCCAACCUUUGUGAGUGGUCAAUACUGGUCCUGAACGGUGGUCUGUGUUGUGGAAAGUGGUCCUUCUGGUUUUUCUCACCGCUGAAGUGUGUGUUUGUGUGUGUGUGUGUGUGAGUGAGUGAGUGUUUGUGUGUGAGACCUAAUCUACCCACAAGAAGCAUAGAUAAGGUCGAUAAGGUCCUCCUCUGACAUGAUGCGACGUAUUCUCAUGGCCAGGGUGAUGUGACCUGGUGACCACCCCCUGCCACACCCCACAACCUCCACCCCCCCCACAUGUAUGGAUGGAGGGUUCAAGACCAGGUUCUGAGGCCGUGACCACCACCACCACCAGCUGCUGAACCUUUUAGCUGGACAGAACCUCACGAACUCGAACUGGUAAGGCAGGUGGUUGGGUCACUACCAGGAGGUUCAGAUAUCACGGAUACCAGCUGGUUACAUUCCUCAACACCAGCUGUGUCACAUCCCCUCAACACACAGCUGGUCACAUCCCUCUACACCAGCUGUGAGUAUUACACUAUACCCCUGACUAGAUGGUGUUACAGUGACUACAAAGUGCAACAACAAACAAACAAACAAUAAAGUGUACAAGAAACUAGAAAAAAAAGUGUCAAGUGUAAAUAUAAGAAAAGUGUUUACAUAGCUAGUGAGUGUGUGUAAGUCGCAACACUGUGCUCUAGGUUGUGAAGUGUAGUACUGUGUUAUAAAGAAGAUUAUCUAUAGUAGUGCUAAGUGUUCCUACCGUAAGAAAAAAAAGUGUAGGUAAGAUAAAACACUUAAGUGGAUAAAGAUAGUAAGAGAAAUAUAACAAAAGUGUGUAUAGGAAAAAAAAAAACACUAACUAAUAAAAGAAAGUGAGAAAAAUACAAAAGAAAAGUGUAAACAAGUGAGAAAAAACACAAACACGAAGUGAGAAAAGAAACGCAAAAUAAAAACUAAACUAAACCAGUGAACAAGUGGAAAUAAAACACACGAACCAAAACAAAACAAAGCAAAUCCCAAACAGUUGGUAAAAGGUAAACCAAAAGAAAUCAAGAUAAGAGGUGAUAAGUGGAGGAGGAGGAGAAGGAGGAGGAAGCAGAGGGGAGGAGGGGAACAGCUACCGCGGUGCAUCAUGGGAGAGCUUCAAGCUACCGUCGAACUGGCGCUACACAUACACAAGUUCUACAACGUUGAUCUGUUCCAGCGUGGGUAUUAUCAGCUCCGGUUGUAUCUCAAAUCGUCACCGAAGUUACCUGCCAAGAUUGAGCUGAGCCUUCCUAGAAAUACUAGCGGCAGUGGUCUGGUGUUCCCGGCGUGUGUGGUUAAUGGUGCCGCCGUGAGUAAGACCUUCCAGAUCCUCUACCGCAACGAGGAGGUCCACCUCGAUGACCACGUCCUCUUCAAGCUCCACCUCAUCCUCGACGCUCACAAGCUGGCAGAGAGCUUGGAGCGGGCGGAUCUACAGCUAGUGUCGGAGCUGUGGUUCACGGAACACGCCUUCGGCCCUGACCACCACAAUGCUAUCCAGUGCGUCUCAUCCAGGACCCUCAACCUUCACUUCUCUCCCACCAGGGGCCUUCACUACCAUCUGCCAGUGCUGUUUGACUACUUCCACCUGUCGGCCGUCACCUCCGUCCACUGUUGUCUCGUAGUACUACAUCAGCCCUACAUCAAGAAGACCAUACUCACCCUUGUACACGACUGUGGAGGUCGGAGCGGCAAGUCUUGGAGCUCUCCUCGCCUCAGUGCUCGAACUCAGCAGUCCAACAUGGAGACGGUCUUCUUUGGCACACUUAACUCAGCCUUACGGAAUGGCCUGCAGGUUCUAGACAUAAGUCAGUUUCCUGCACUCAGUCCACCGCCUAUGAAACCCCGAAAAGGAAUCCUGUGGGGGAUAAACAACACCAUCAAGUGUGGGGGCGGAGGAGGCAGCAGCAGCGCUUCCUGGCGUCUGGCUCAGGCACGAGCCACCCACCGCACCAUCUGCACCCUCCUGCUGGCAGCUCACACUGCUCUGGGUGCCCAGCUGGAGACCAUCAUGGCCAUCUUGCCGCCUUGGGUCGCCAGCAGUGGCAACGCAGGUGCUGCCUCAACCACUCCUCCUACGCCACAACCAACAAGACUAAAGGUUGAUAAUUUAUCUGAUGUGGCAAAGGAGUGCUACUUCACCCUCAUUGGAGGACAAACGCCACGUUUUGAUCGCCGGCUUAAUGAAAGGACACGGACUGUUGAUUGUGAGGAAGAUUUCCUAGUGGCAGCUAACAGUGACAUAGCUCAGCUGUGUGCGGAGAACAUCCUACUAUGGCAGCACUUCCUCAGUGUGGUCAUGAGUUCAGAACCUGUGAGACAACAUCUGGCAAGGCAGCACCACAUGCAGCGGGUGAAAAGAUUUGCCGAGGCAUUCUUUGUCAUAGACAAUCCACGACCGUCAGCGAGUGGGUGCUAUGACAGCAACUACCAAAACUAUGUGGCAGUAUCGGAGGCUGUGAGACGUUCUCGUUACUACAACCUAAUGCCACCACUUGCUAUUGAGUGCAUCGAGAUGGACGGUGAUGUGUCAACUCUACCCGUGAUCUUUGAGGACCAGUACCAACAUGUGGCAGAAUUUGCCCGUCGUAGAUCAAUUGUGAGCCGAAAGUCAGGUAAAAAUGAAAAUUACCUGAGUGCAACAGACAUUCAGCUGGCAAUGGACCAACUCGAUGCAGAGAAUGGGAAGAGAGAAGUGAUCCCUCCUGACGUCACCAGACCGGAGCCACAGAUUCGCAACGGACUAAAAUCCUCAGCAAUAGAACACAUCACGGUCCUCUCACAGCUGGACUCUAAAGCAGGAGCCAACCAUGACUCAAAGUCUCUCACCAGCCACGAUAACAAGUCCCUCACCAGUACUAUAUUUGACUCAAAGGCAGCGAGUACAAGUGGAUAUGAAUCGCGUGGCACAAGUAACAAUGAAGCGAAGUCCUCAAAAUUCUUAGCAAAAAAUAGUAAAACACAAGUGAUUGGUGUCAAGGCUGCUGUUCAGAACUAUGUGGCAGAGAAGGAAACUGUACCAACUAAAGACUCUAAAGGAACAUUUAAGGCACGAGCAAAAACUGGCGAGGGACGGUCACGCAGCAACGACUCACGGGUGUCCUCGGUCCACAGCGGCGGUAGCGGCAGCAGUAAACACACGCUCGGUAGUGGGUCUGAGAGUGAUGAGAAGACACUGGGAUCCAAGACUUCUAAAGGAUCAAAAGGUUCCAAAGGUUCCAAAGGUUCAGUGAAUAAGGAGGAGUCAGACACUGAAGAUAAACCUCCUUUGCCUCCACGGACAGACAAGAUGCCAAAGGAUUUCAAGCCACCUAUUCCACCUAAAACCCACAAACUUCCAAUGCCCAGGAACAGUUUAAAGGAAAAGUUGAAAAAUAACUUGAAAUUAGAGUUAAUGCUUCCAGCCAAUCAAGGUUCAGCUUAUAAGAGAGCAAAAUUUAAAUUAAAACUUAUACAGCGAGCCCAGCAGCUGAGGUCAAGUAGCUCGAGUAAUCAUCACAAGAGCAAGAGGGCCCAAGCCAAUGCCAUCGCAGAAAAUGUGGUUCUCCUCAAAUACCGUCGUCUGGAACCAUCACUGAGUAUGCCGUACAACCUGGGUGCGCACACACCCGGCAGUGGGGGCGGAGGAGAUCAACUCAUGAGACAUUCCCAGAGUACCUUGUCCAUGCCCUCCUUCUUGUGGGAAGUGGCAAAUGCUGCUUCUCCGGGGAUCACCGAGUCCAUGCCGGACCUUUUGGCCACGGACUCCGAAUCCUCGUCGGAGAUAAACCGUAAAGGACCGAUACCGCCUCCACCAAGACCAAUGAGAUUAGACCGCACUCCUCCAAUCCUUUCCAAUGUCGAGGUUGGCCUCGUCUCUGCGUCAGAUUCCACAUUGUUACAGAUUGGAGGAGAAAAGGUCGAACCGGUGAACAUAAAUAAGAAAAUGACGUCGCCGGUUAAGAAAACGCCAGACACUCCUAAACCAUUGAUUCUCCAGCAGGACUCUUCCUCUAAUAGUGAUAUUACGUCAGAACAGAGUGGUUGGGUUUCAAAUUCUAGUCGACAGAGCUCAGGCUCAUCAAGUGGUCAGAUUAGUCCUGAUUUAGACAUUAAACAAUUUCCCAUCAAAGAUAUGCUCUCUGCAGCCUCCACGGCCCAGUUCAAGAGCAAUGGAGUCAGCAGUAAUGGUUCAAAUUCCAAUGGAGCUAAAAACAAUGCUGCAAAGUCCAGUGGAUCAAAAGGUAACGGUACAAAAACUAAUCGAACAAAAAAUAAUGGCGGAAAGAGCAACGGAGGAAAGAGCAACGGGGGAAAGAGCAACGGGGUAAAGAGCAACGGGGCAAAAGUCAACGGACCACAAACACCGAAGACGCCCGUUAAUGAAGCACCCACUAAGCCAGUGCCAGGAGUCAAGUACAAAAACAAACAAGGAUCAAGAAGUCCAGCAAAUCACAGGACAAGUCGGUCUGAAUCUCGGACUCAAGGCCACAAGACCAGCGGGAAGGAGGCCACGCAGAGGUCGGCUUCAAAUGACCAACUGCAGAUGAAGCAGAGAAAGAGUCCUCACAAAAAGGAAGUGAAAAAGUCCCAGUCCUUACAGAAAGUCAACAACACUAAUCGGCCGGAUCCUCACGUUUACGAGGAGGUCCCUCUGCCGCCGCCGCCUAAGGAGUUCCAGGAUCCAUUACCGGGUCUUCGAGAAGCCUUAAGAAGGGGAGGAUUUGCCACCACCGGAAGGUUACCAAGAGAAGACAGAGCGACUAAACACGCAAUUGGUGGCUAUAAAGACAGGCCCAGGAGUGAGAGUCCUAAAACAGAAACCGGUAAAGUCCAGAGAGAUGACGGAUAUAAGAGUGAACGUAGUCAUGGCAGUUCACGGACCGUCACGCCCAGACAUAGCGGGGAGUUUGAAUUAGAGGACAUGACGAAUGUGUACGAGAGCGUCAGUGAAGUCUUAAAUGACGUCAAGAGGACGACGAGGAAAGCGGGACACGGACAUGAUAAAUUCAACUCUCUGCCAUCUAUGAGAAGAAGACAUCAGUCCACAUCUGGUCCGGGAAGGCCAGAGAAAAGAGGACCAAGUAGAAAAACUGCCGGUACUCCCGAUCGGUUAUCUGAGCCGACCCCCACAAAACUGAACCAGCAGCACAUUAAUGGGACAGAACGUGUGCGCACUCAGUCAGCUCCUCCCCCAAAUAUAGAUAAAAGUGAUUCGUUUAAGGAAUAUCACGGCUCGCGUGACAAAGAUUCAAAACAACAAAGGAAAUCUGAUCCCCUGUCAGUAAAAUCUGAGCCACCUACACAUUUGUCUGAGAGCAAGUGUACAUUGCUGGAACUAUUUUUAGAGCAGCAAGGGGCCAGUGUAUGGGCUCACAGAGAAGCUCAGCGAGAACUGUUUAAGGCUGCUCAGAGUGCUGCAAAAAAAGAAGCUUUAAAUGAGUCACGAUUACUACAGGAGGCAGCGAGGAAGGCAGAGGAGCACUCAAAACUUAAUUCUGAUGUAAAAGUUAAACCAGACAUCGUGAAUGACGGGUUUGAUGACAGUUUGUCAGACAUUCCUCCACCUCCUAGACCUCCUUCACCAAGGGACAGAAGUGAGCCCAAGUGUACGUGUCCAUCAGAGCUGAGGAAAGAGCGUGGUCGUAUUGAGGAUCCCCCAGACCUCCUCCCUCCCAGGCUUCACCCCCCAGUGGCAGACACACUGGCCUUUGUUAAAGCCAAAGAGGAGUUUAAGCAACAAAUAAACUUCCAAGGCCUUCUCUAUAGUGAUUUCUCAGGUCUGGCAUCAACUGUUCCGUACUUCCAUGUGAGUGACGACUGCCGAGUGCUGUCGCCAGAUGGUCUCCACCUCAUUGUCUGUGUUCAUGGCCUUGAUGGCAACUCUGCUGAUCUCAGGCUCAUUAAAACCUAUCUUGAGAUAGGCUUGCCCGGAGCUAAUCUCGAUUUUCUAAUGUCAGAGCGAAAUCAAGGGGAUACGUUCUCAAAUUUUGAAACUCUGACUGAGCGUUUAGUAUCUGAAAUUUUGUAUCACAUUGAAGCUUAUAACCUGAACCCUAAGCGCAUUUCAUUUGUGGGUCACUCCCUGGGCAACAUUAUCAUCCGAGGGGCAGUGUCACACCCACACAUGAAGCCCUUCCUGCCAAGACUUCACACAUUCCUCUCCUUGUCUGGACCGCACCUCGGCACUCUAUACAACAACAGUGGACUCGUUAAUAUGGGGAUGUGGUUUAUGCAGAAAUGGAAGAAGUCAGGAUCGUUACUACAGUUGUCUCUGAAGGAUCGUGUGGACAUCCGCCAGACUUUCAUGUACAGACUCUCUCAGCGGUCGCAACUUCACCACUUCCGUAACGUUUUGCUGUGUGGGUCGUCACAGGACAGAUACGUUCCUCUGCAUUCUGCUAGGAUUGAGCUCUGCCGACAAGCCAUCAAAGACGCCUCUGUUAUGGGUUCUGCGUACCGAGAGAUGGUGUCUAAUUUACUGCAACCGAUCAUCAGCUCUCCGUCUGUGACCCUUGUUCGGUAUGACAUCCACCACGCUCUGCCCUCAACUGCCAACUCACUCAUUGGCAGAGCUGCUCACAUAGCUGUCCUCGAUUCAGAACUGUUUAUCGAGAAGUUUCUAUUAGUAACGGGACUGAAAUACUUCAAGUAAUGGUAGCUUUGUAUGUAGCAUUUCAGGUAUUGAUAUUUUCUAUUUAGUGAAGUAAGCCAUGAGGGCAACUUUGAUAUGUAUGAAGUGUGUAAAAAAUGUAAAUAUGGAGUUUUACAUAAGUAUCCACUGAAAGUUAAUUCCUUGUACCUGGAUAACACUGUUUAACAUCCUUGCGAGUUUACCAAGGAUACACACGGCAACAACUGAAAGUUUAUUAUCGGGGAAAUGUGGUGAACUUUAGAUAAAUUGGCAGCUACAGAGAACUAUAAAGACUACAGCACGCUGUUACCGGAACAGAAUUUAGCCACUAAUAAUUAUUAUUUGCAAAACAAAAUUGCAAUAAAGUUGAUAUGUAUAUAUUCUCUGUAUCUAAAUUACUUGUAAUAAAUAAGACAUUUUGUUGGGUUACUAGGACUUGUGUAAAUAUUUUUGAAAGCUUGCUGUUCCAUACUUUGCCAGUGAAUUAUUCCUAAAGACAUUACAUAAUGGUAGAUUUAUAAUUUAUAUCAAGAGAGUGUGUUUAUAAGUCAGUGUCUUAUAUGUUUUCAAUGGGUUCAUACCUUUUACUAAAUAAUGACAAAUGAUAAAUGGAGAAGAUUUUUGCCCCAUAAGCUGCCACCUCAACUCUUUAGCAUUAUAUUUGUUAGCCACCAAGUAUCACAGGCUGGGAGUCGCCCACACAGGAGAGUCAGCUCAAGUGCCAGAAUUUGGGCAAUUUCAUGACUAUAUUUCUCUAUAUCUGUGUGAUUACUUCAUGUCUUAAGCCUUGUUUUUUGUUUGUCUCUAGUUCAGUCUCUUUCUAAUUUAAUGAUUCAUUGCCUGUCUGUUACAUCACACACAGUUUAGUUCCCAUGUUUUGCUGCUCCUACAAGUGUUUUCUCCCUGCAUGUUGUCCCCUUUUUACUAAAUCUAAAUGUUCAUGACAAGUGUUUUGGUUACCACAGUUUGCUUACCAUAUGACUGUUCACUGUCGACAAAAUUGUUCCCCGGGUUAAUUGAAGUUACAGUCGCUUACAAGAUACACGUUGAUGUCUGUCCCUCAUUUGUUAAAUAUGGAGUUCUUCAUAAGAUAAACGUUGCUGACUCUGGUUUUUUCAAUUUACAGUUGUUCGUUACUCGUGUACGUGUUGGUGAGCCUGGUUUGCCGAACUUACCCGUUUCAUAUGUUUGUGUUGGUGUCACUAGUGCAGUAUAUUGAAUAUAAAGUUUUCUUCACUACCUGCAUGUUGGUGCCCAAAAUUGUGGAACUAAGAGGCUUGAUCUUCCUUUAUAUUGAUACAGUACCCCUUGUUUCCUCAUCAAAGUAUAUAAAAAUUAGAGUAUUGUAACUUUUCUAAUAUUAAAAUUGAAGAGACGUACAGUAAGGCGAGACGGUGACCAGGUUAAUGUCCGACAGACUUUGUUUAUGUGCUAGGUCUCCGGGGCCACACAGUCAGAGCACGUAUGAGAGGAAAAGAUGUUUUGUUAGGCUAUUCAGUUAAAGCAAUUGUACGGGUUUGUGAAGUGUGUACUGUAUUUGUGACUGAGGGUAAAUUGUGACUGCCUUAAAAUCAUAGUGAAGAGUUGAAUGAAUAUGUUGUGUGUAAGUGAGAUUCAUUAUUGAGGUACAAAUUACAGACUAUUGGGAUGUCUUCUGGAUAAUGUCAUCAAGAAUAAAUGAAGAGAUGAUGGGCUCAUUCUGUUGUGUGAUGCUUGUUGAAGGUAAAGUGUCCAUCGCUCUAAAAAGUAUCUUUAUAAUUUUGUGUGAGAAAAUAUAACAUAACCCUACCAAAACAACAGGAAUCAUGGUGUUCAUUUUUAAAUUUAUUGGAUCCUUCCAUAAAGAUACUUUUUAGAUUGUGUGUACGUGUGUUGAGUGGAUGCAUUUAAGAUAAUUACAUUAUUUUUUCCUGUGCUUAAGAUGGAUUAAUAACUGGUAAAUGUUGGUGUACAAUAUGACACAACCAAUACACAGAGGAAGAAGUAAGAAGACAUCUGCACAACAGCUUAAUGGAGGUAAGUCAUUGUUGAUGUAAGGAAGGCUGUAAAGACUGUGAUACAGCUGCUGUGGUUGAUGUUGUCUCACCACAGUAAAUGAUGAGGAACGGAGUAAUGGAAGAUAAUAUAUUUCAACUGAUGAUUAAACACCCUAAUACUAACCUAACCUAACAUAACAUAACCCAAUAUUACCCUAUAUAAUCUAACCUAACGUAACAUAACUUAACUUAACCUAAUCUCCAAUAACUCAACCUAACCUAAUACCCCGAGGUAGUGUUAAGGUGUUUAUAAUCAUCGGGAGAAAUAAGCUGGAGUGUCUAAUAUUCAGGUGAACAUUAUUUUGUUCUCAACUAUGAUAAAUGUUGUGGACGUGGAGACACUGGUACGGUAUCACCAUUAUAUUGAUGACAGCGGUGGCCGUCUAAAUUAUCUUGUUAUUGAUGUAGAUUCUUGAGAGAAAACACAGACCUGUAGUCACACCCGUUUACCGAGAUUAAUAUUUAGUUGUUUUUUGAUACUUGAUGCUGAGGAAGGUUGUAAAGAUUGCAUUGAUUAAAAGUUGCUUUGUCUUGCAUCAUUUACAGGUUCAGAUGAGAUAUACAAGAUAUAUAUUUGAUGAGAGAUUUACAGAUGAUUAAUUUGCUAUUGUUCUUCAAGGUCAUGGUCAGAUGUGUAGAAUGUAUAAUAUAAUAGUUUGGUAAAGAUUUGAGGCAGUCUGGUGUAAUGUUGACAGGAGGAGGCCAGGGGGUCGUAGUUCCAAUUGGCCAAGUUCAUAGUAGGCCCUAACAUAACCAUUAGCACUUAGCCCCAUUUAUAAUGGCAAGGUUUGGUUAGGUUGGGGGAUAUAAGAACUAGUGCUUAUUUGACUAAUCAUUAGAUACAAGAGACAUAACAGUUUGGUCACUGAUUCUAACUGUAUUUUUUUGCAGUUAAUUGAUCACUGUUGAUGAUUACAUUCAAUACAGAGUACUGUAUGUACACAUUCAUUAUCUAGGUUGUUUUAUGUAUAAUGUGUUUGCAGAAAAAUAUAUUUUGUAUUUAAUAAGUUUGACUAUUCUUUUAUCUAUUUAACUUAUAUAUGUAUAUAUUGUAAAUUAUUAAUAUUUUUUUCUUAUUUUCCUUAUAAGGUUUAGUGUGUGGAGUUGAACCUAUGGAAGUGGGGAUUAAUAAUGUUAAUGUACUGGAACACACACACACUAUUAUGUCUCCUUGUGUUAAAUUUAUUUCCUUCCAGAAUCGAGAAACCGAAACUUGUGUUGUUUAUCUGGUACAUCAGAGUGUCCAUCCUGAGUGCAGUGACUAAUUGUGGUACAGAUUGAAGACUGGACAGUAGAACAUUAUUGUUAAUUUAUCAACGGGUCAUAUUUUCUGUGUCCACAUACCCUGACGACCUCUCUAGCGAGUGGGCGUCAUCCUCCUCUCCUCAAGUAAAACUAAACUCUUAUGUACAUGUUGAAUUUUCCUCUUUUUAAUGUGCUUUUGGAUACUGUAUAUAAACUAACAAUGCUUUUUUUUUCCUUUCCCUAAUACUGUAUAUAGUAAGUCCUCUCCUGCCUUGCUCCAGGUUACUCUCCAUCAAACACAGAGUCUUCCUUCACUUAAGUUCAUCCUCUCCUUCUAAUUACUGUACUCUGAUGAUCCCAUAAAGCUCCUACAGUAGUACUCUUCUUUCAUCUAUACUUGUUCUGUUGCUUCCUGGAUGUCUAUUGUCAUCUUCUUCACUUCCACUUCUUCCAUCAUCCUAAACUUCUGUCUCACUCUUGGCCUUCCUUUCUCCCUCCUGCCGUAUACCUCAGCUUUGUAUACACUGUUUUUAUCAGCCUUCUAUGCCCCCCACACUGUCAAAAUGUCUAUACCACCUUGGCAAACCCUCAUCAACUCCUUGCCGUGACUGCUAUCUCUAUUAUUUUCACAUCACUGGCUAAUAUUUGUGUUUAUUAUCGUUUGCAUCUUAUUCAACCUUCAUUAUGCCCUUGAACAUGUUAUUCGUCCUGCUUCUGAUUAAUUUCUUCCUCUUGUGCUCCAGUGUCGAUGCUUCACACCCAUAUACAGUAGUAAUCUCACCUCUCUAAUUGCACUAUAUACCCUAAAUUAUCCUUUGCCUGCUCUAAGGUAGUACUGUACAGUAUAUGUAACCUGAACUGAUCUGGAUUGUUGCGCACACACACUAUUGUACUAUAGCCUGACUCAACCUGAUUCAUCUAACCUAAUUUUUAAACCUAAUAAACCUUGACACUAAGCUUAAAUAUUUCUUAUAACUGGUGUUUUACUGUUCCUUCAGCUGCACACGUGUCCUCUGUCCCCCCCCCCCACCAUGAUACAGUACAGUACCUGGUUGUUGUUUAGUUUAACUUUGUAAGUAGCAUCCAAAAGCAUGUAAAAAAGAUGAUGAUUUAUUACCAGCAUGAAGUGAUACUCUGUACAGUAUAGCUUAACUAAACACCAACUUUAAAUCCAAUUUGAUGUGUGUGCACUAUGGAAGAUUAUGUCAACUAGAUUAAAGAGUUUGAGUUUCAUGUUUUAGAAAAGUAUCAACUGUCUUAACAAUUCCUUAUAUCAAACUUGUAAUCCUAAAUUUCUGAUUCAAUGAAGAGAGCCGAUGUAACUCACUUGGUAUUACGGAGGAUAAAAGUGGUAGAGGUAAAAUAGGAAGUGACUUGAAAAGGUUAAACAUUGCUGGGUGUUUCUAUGAUGGUGAGGCUGCCAACAAGAAUGAAUGACAGUGAAUGUAGAGGAGUCAGUCCAUGUUACCCUGACUCCAUCUACUCCACACCUUGGCAAGAAAGACCAUACAGUACUAGAGUCAUCAUCAGUGUUUUAUAGUAGUAAUUUGUGAUGAAGUGAAGAAGUUAUGAUUAUUUGCUAUGAGAAAUAUUGAAUAAAAUUUUAGAUAUAAAGUAUUGAAAUUAUGAAAAGAUAUUGACAGUAUUUUGUUAAUAUAGAAGUGUUUGAGAGCAGAAAUAAAUAGAUAACACUAUAAGGAGGUCUUCAGAUGGUGACACAUCCCUCUGCCCUAUAGCUGGAUGGGUUCACUGGAGAGUUACAACCUCUGUGUUGAUCUUACGGAAUUGGAGGGAUGAUGCGAGAGGAACCUUCUUGGCAAUUCAUCCAUCCAUUUGUACCAAGUUGUGUAAAUCGCCGUAGAAAAUUGGCAGAUGAUUUUAUAGUCAUGAUUACUGACAGACAGACAUGACUAUACCCAUACUCGCCAAAUGCUUGAUCCCUAACAGUCGGGGGAAUAAAAAUGAGAAGUAGAAGUUUCCACAGUACAUUAUGGGUGACAGGCAGCAAGUUGGGGUUAAUGUGAAGACAUGAAAAAUGGAAAAUUAAAAUGCCGUCACAAGAAGAACUCACUGUUACAUGGUAUGUGUCAUCUACAGUUGUGUAGGUUGACAACACCACGAAGUUGAUGCAGUACAGCAGAGUGACCAGUGUGUGUGUGUGUGUGCACCAUAAAAAUAUAACCCCACCAGUACUCCAGACCUGGGGAUCAAACUCUCACCUCCUGGGACGUGACAGUAGUGCGUUAUUGUGCCACAUAAGGAGCAGCUCCUCCCUGGCCCACAGUUAUAGUAACCAGAGCCACAUGUUGUUCACCUUUAUGGUCAUGAUUGUAUUACCUCAGGUGAGCCACCAACAGUUUUGUGUUAAAUGACCCAGAGUGACAUUAAGGCAGAGUUAACAAGUCGUAGAGGACCUUGAGCAAGUUAUAAUAAGGUUUUUUGUCGAUAAAGAUGGUUAAUAAUACUGUACUUUAUUAAGAGUUUGAUAAAAGGUUGCCAAUCAGCAAGUAUUGUAUUGUCAGGAUAUAACUACAACUGAUAUGAAUACUGUAUUUGAAUGCUAACUUAUCCCAUAUAUACAGUACAGUAUACCAUGUUAUCUCUGGGAUGUGAGAGUUAAUAUAUAAAAUCUUACCUAAUCAUUUCAGCCACUGACUAUCUUCACACCUUUAAAUGUUGCUUGAUGUGAGGCAGCACCUGAAAUAUUUAUACAAGAAAUUUCUGCACAGUUGGACAUAAGGUUAGCUUUCCCAUAGAGUUGGUAAUACUGUAUGAGUGAAAUUGAACAUAAUGAUGUGCUUUGUGAAGGUACAGAUGCUAUAAAAAAAAUAGCUCUCGCGUCACAGAUGUUUCUUUGCACACCCGAGUCCAAAUUCAUCCUCCCACCUAGAUCCCCUCCUUAUGUGGUCAUCUCAGUUCUAAGAGGAGUUGACCGAGUAUAAAAUAUUGUACUUUGUCUGAUUUUCACAACAUCCGUAAUAUGGAGAUCCCACUCAAAAAUGUAUAACGAGUGUGAGCUAUGAUACUGCUAACAACACUGUGAAGACUUCUUUCCAUGUGAUGUGAGUUUGGUUCCUUGGCAGGGAGGGUUAGAGGGAUGUUAUUUUCUCUCACAUACACAGAGCUGAUCAGUGUGAGAAAUAUGCUAUUCUACUUUGGUAAUAAAGUCAUGAGGUGUUGUGUAAAGGUUGGCAUCUGUGGUCUUCAUUAAGAAGUUUAGUCAAAAGUACAUCCUAACACUUCAUUUUAAAUAAUGUAUCGGUAAUAUAUAUCUCAGAGAUGUAUAUAACAGAGGGAGAGGCUUAUAUUUAACCAACUGUUAUACAUCUUCAUUUGCUUAAACUAUUACUGAAAGUUAAUGGAAGAGACUCGGCUAGAAGUGUGGGAACAGGUGUGACUACGGAUAUCGGUGAAUUUGACCUUAUCGUAAAUAGUCUCAUAGUGACACCACAGCCGCCUUCAUCAUUGUCUCAGUCAUAUUAGUGACACCUGGUAGUUAUGUCUUCUUGUCUUUCACAGUGUUUGUUGGGAGAGAGAGACAGUAAGCCAAAGUCUUAUUAUUUGCAGGAUUUAGCUUUUAAAGGUUGAAUCUUCAAAAGCUUUAAAUUUGUUAAAUGAAUAUGUUAUCAGAGGAGUGAGGAGAAGUGUGAGUGACUAGGAAGAAGAGUGUGUUUGAGUGGGAAUAUGAAUACUGUAUGUUCGAAUGAGAAGAGUGGUGUCUAUGUGAGCAGGAGGCGUGUAAGUGAGAGUAGGGGAGAGUGAGAAGGAGGUGUAUAAAUGGAGGAGUGUGUGGGAGUUGGGGGAGAAGUGAGAGGGAGGUGUAUAAGUGGAGGAGUGUCUAUGUGUGUUUGAGCAGCAGGAGGAGUACUACUCUGUUGGUGUGGGGUCAGUACACAGCAGUGAGUUAGACAGUACCGCAAAAGAUAUAUUUCACGGACAUAAUAGUAUGAAGGACUAGGCUGAGAUAUAUGGUGUAAUUCUUUCUAUGGUGGGAAAGAUUUAGCUGAUAUAGGCAGAUAGAUAGACCUACUUACCCAUGCCUACCUCACAUCCUUCACUAGAAAGAGAGAAAUUUUAUCAAAGGGUCGUAUUAGGGGUUCAUAAGGCAGCACAUUUAUACUUCUUCACAACACACUUGAGUAUUUGUGUAAGUUUUAAGCUCAAAGAUUCAGAGUCGGCAUGUCAUUAAUAUUUUGACUCAAAGACGCACAAUAAUAUGAUUUAAAGACUCGUACACACACUAUAAAUGUCUUCUUUACACACACACACACACUUACUUAAAAAAAAACACCUCGUGCCAAGUUUGAACUCUUAAUGUGGCCGCUUGAUCACUGUUCGUUCCUCCACUCGUGUUUUUCUCAUUACUGUAAUGGUGCUAAUGAUAAAUGUAUAAAAUUUUUGUGUGCAGAAGCAUUUCCAGAUGUUAAUCUUUGUACAGGUAAAAUGUUUAACCAGAGGACAGGUGACAUUAGUUCUGGGGAUGACAAAGUAUACAGUACAGCCAAUUCAUAUUCUUAUUCAUUACCUGUACCAAUCAUACGAGUCUGACGGGAUAUAUGUGUUACUGUGUGGAAGUGGUGUCAUCACAUUUUCACUCUCAAAACACUUACUUUCUUUAUUAAAUAACCUAACUGAACCUCUAACCAAACUUAACCUAACCAGAACUUACCUCUCACUUAAUCUAAUCUUACUUUACCUAAUCUCAAACCAAACCUUACCUCUAGCCCUAUCCUUAAUUUACUUAACCUCAUGCUAUCUUACCUUACCUUUAAUUCAUCUUGUGUGAACAUUGAACAGUUUUCAUUAUUCAACCUGUUAACACAAUCAGUGUCAUGUAUUAGAUUGUCAUAACUGUUCUAACUAACUAAAGUGACUUGUCAGUUUAUGAACAAGUUCAUUUCAAUGUGUUGUGGAAGCAUAAGCAGUUGUGAAUACAGUAUGUUAUGUUCAUACUUUGUAUAAUAAACAUUUUGGUAACAAUACUGUUUGCAAGAAUUGUUAAUACCAAAGAUAAAAUUAUAUACUCCGCUUCAAUCUUUGAUAUUUUACUAUUCUCUAGAGUAUUUAGGCUUAAUGUUGUAGAAUGUUGAAAUAUAUACAGUAUAUAUAAACAAGAGUUAGGACGAAUUGCUCAAGUUUAACGGAGGCAUGUUUGAUCUAGUACAUCUUAUAGUUCAAAACAAACCAAGCUUUCUCAAAAAUGAGGUGUAUUAUAUGAAUAAACUAUUACAAUACUUAUUCAGGACAGGAUUUUGAAUAUAAAUAAUUAAAAUAUGCCAAAUGUUUUUACAGUAUCCGUAUUUAGAGAUAUAGUUUGAUUUUUAAAUUCCCAUUGGUUUACAGUACAGUAUAGAGACAUAUUACUACAAAUACUUCAUCAGUUUUGGGGAGACUUCUGCAUGGGCCACCCUGUGUUGAUGUGUGAGGCAGCGUACUAAAUAGGGAAUUUUAAGUUAAUAUUUUUAUACCUUGUCAUAUAGGAAUGACUAUUAAACUUGUGUGAAUUUCAGUUUCAAAAUGAUUUUCCUUUACAUCCUGUCUAAUCCAAUCUAGACCUGUCCCCAUGCACUUACCUGGGUUUGUUCAAUGCUUCUUCAUAGCAGAAACUGAAAACUCAAGGACUUUUUUAUAUGGUUGUGAUUGUGUCCUCCACCAGCUCUAUGUAUACUAUACGUUGCACAGUGAAGUAAUGAACUACCCUUCAUAGAGUCACCUUGUGUCACCUUAAUACAUAAUAUAGAUGCUCAUCAUUCUUACUCUGGUCAAGUAGUACUUUGGCAGAACUAAGACUUUAUGUACAUAGUCAAACAUAUAAAGGUAAUUGACAUUCUUCAUCAUUAUUGUAUAGUACGAGUGUAACAGAUAUCACCCAGACCAUCACAUCACAGUUUAUUGGUGGUACUUCCUGGUUGCUCCCACCAUAGAAUUUGUGUUUCAUAAUUUUCAUAUAUCCCUUGAUGGUGUACUGAGCCUUGAUAAUGGCCUGGAGCCUCAGAGAGAAGAGAAAUGGUUGGCUUUUGUCAAGUUCAACAUUGGUUUUGUCAGUUUUUUGCUGAAUGUGGGUACAUGAAAUUCCUUGUGUUAUUUGUAGACCUUUAUAAAAUAAUAAAUUAUGUACAAAACCAAAUAAAAUUACACAAGUGUUGGUGGUACAGAUAAUCCAUCAUCUAUACUAUAACAUUAUACAGUAUAUUCCAUCUCUGAGUGCACUGUGUUUAUGGCCUGUUUGUACUGUACUGGUGAGUGUUGAUUCAUUCAGUCAGGUUCUGGUUCUGUGGCUGGUCAUCCAGUUCUCAUUUUAUGACGUCAAAGAGUUUUGACAUCCAGCUAUUAAUACAUGGCUUUCUCACCUGUGUUAGGUAAGGCCCAAGUACAGUGUAAUAAGAUGUGGCAGGUCUUUACAAAUUUUUAUGCUCCACCGAAGUACUGUACUCGAGACCCUCACCAGCAGUUAAUACCUGUACCUUUAGUUCAUUUGACUUACCUGUUUCUUAUUUGUCUGUCAUCCAGUGGGGAAAAAUGUUGGGAUGGCACAGAAACCAUUAUUUGGGUAGUUAAAAUGUUUCUUUUGAUCUUACAGACUACAGUGUUUUGUACUAUCACUUGUUGUCUUCCUCUUGCACUCUCCUGAUUGAAUUUUUGUUUUGAUUAAGUCUUCUUAAACUUCUUGUAUACGGUAAAUAGGUGAAUCAUCCUUGUUGGACGAACAACUUGUCUUCCAGUGUUCUAGUACAGUACAGAUCAAUUUUGAAUUUUUGUUGUACAAUAUUUGGUGCUGUUACCACAAAGCUCAUGCUACCUCAGUAAAGAAAAUGUUUAAAGCAUAAAACACUUUCCUCCAACAUUGGUGUUUAUCUGAAUAUGGAAACCAUUUUUGUGCCCAGAAGAACUAAUGAUACAAACUUAUGUCCGUUUACACUCGUAAAGAAACAAAUUCACAAUAAUGAUAAUGAUCUUAGGACAGGUGCUGGGUAAAAGGGUUCAUGUCACAAGUCAACCCACAAUUAAAGUACAAACCUUGAGUAAUCUUUCUAUAAAUUAGUUUUGGGCAAUACAGGAACAAAAUACUUACAAUGCUUUAUAUCGAUCCUUUUCCCACUUAAUGCAGGGUGACCAGAAACAUGAGAAAGUGCACACAACACACAUUCUUCUCCCUUCAUUUACUCUGCUGUGGUCCUGUACUCUUCUUCCACAACAUGGCCAUAAAUCCGGUUUAUCCCUUUUGCUAGCUAAAUAUUAACUCUUAAAUGGCGGCUAGUAUUGAUCUAAGUUAGCUGUAGGGAUGGUGGCCAUCAUCUGUGGAAGUUUCAUUUUCCUUGCUCUCCAUUUUUUGCAUAAAUUGGGGUGGGGGGCUAUUUUCAGUUGGGUUUUACACACUUCCUUUUUCAUGUUGAUUUUCAACAUUGUUCAGUAUUUCAAGUAUUUUUUGAGAGAUCUUUGAGAAAUACAAACUGUAUGAGAAAUAAGUUUUACCUGGUCUAUGAGCAACUUUGAACAGGAUAACACAGUAUAAAGGAGUGAUCCUCUAGAAUCUCUGUAACUUUACCUAAUUACUAAAGCACUAUUUGCCUGUCUGGUACCUGAAGUAACCCUUGUAUUAAUGAAUUUACCAUUUCUUAGUAAGUUCACAUGAUGGCCAUGAAAGUCACAAAAUUUUAUUUAUGAAUAUUUGAAAAAUAUUUUUAUGACUUCACAUGACCUGGAUCAACGUUACACAAUAACACAUUCUCUUAAAGUGUAUUAGAGUACAAGAUGAAAUAGAAAGAGAUUAAAAAACUAACUUGGGAGUUCUUAGACAAAAACUGGACAAGGUCGUAACUCUGUUAAAUAUAGUGGGGAAAAGGCUUUUUAUUGAACUCAAUGCCAUACAGGGGGUCCCCGACUUACGAACACCUUCCGAUACGAACAAAGUCCCAUAAGGUCAGUUAUUUUAAGGAUCCGACAUAGGUACAACUGGUUCAUGGUAUUAACUUACGAGAACUAGUUUACGAGGCAGAGUGGCUCCUGGGUAGUGAUGCGUCAUCCAGCCACGCGCCUUGAGGGAACGUCAGUACGCUUUCCCCUCACUUCAAACCUGAUGCAAAUGAUAGUAGUGCACCCAAGAAAAGGAAAACAAUUACAAUGGAUGUGAAAGUUGAUGUAAUUAUACUUUGUGAAAAAAGCAAAACUCCCUCAGUCAUUGGUAAAGUGUUGGGCUUCAGUCGAUAUAAGGUCGGAACAUUUUUGAAAGACUAAUAGAAAAAUCUUGAAUAUGUAAAAAGGAUCUACACCAAUGCACUCAACUGUGAUAAUAAAACAAAGAAGUGGAUUGGUAAUUGAAAUGGAAAGAUUGUUAGCAAUUUGGGUGGAAGAUCAAGAUCAACGGGUUUUGCCUUUUAAGUCUAGUCUUGAUUCAGGAAAAAGCGAGAAGCUUGCAUGCUGACUUGAAGGCUAAACAUGGUGGUGAAAGUGAUGGGGAAGAUUUUGUUGCUAGUUUGGCCUGGUUUAACUGGUUCAAGGUAAGGGUAAAUGUUUGGAAAAAAACACUGCCCACAGUUGUUCACAAUUCCAGGGCUUUGAAAAUGAUGUUGGGGAAGUGACACAGACAGUGGUAAACCUUGGGAACCAACUCCAGCUUGAUAUUCAUGAGGAUGAUGUCACACAGUUGCUUGAGUCUCAUGCUGUAGAAUUAAGCAGUGAGGACCUGAUUGAACUGGAGAAGCAAAUUUUUUCAGAGGAUGUAGAGGGAGCUGAAACUCCAGAACCAAAGGGAUUCAUUACAAAAGAAAUGGCAGUUGGUUUCAGGCUUAUUGAAGAAGGAUUGUUUAAAUUUAAACAGCAAGAUACCGACACAGCAAGAUUCACCAAGAUUCAUAGAGGUAUUACUGAAUAUCUACGAUGCUACAGGGAGAUUUAUGAUGAAAAGAAGAAACUUUCAGUUCAACCAUCCCAAUAAAGUCUGUCACUUCUACAAAUGCCCAUCUCUAUCUGGAAGCCAGUCCCAGGUUUCAAUGUAAGUGUUAAACUUAAAUUAUUAAGUUUCCUUUGCUGUAUUUUGUCAUUCAAUUUCUUUUUCUCUCUUAAAUUAAGUGAUUCGAGAUACAGUAUAUAAAGGACGUAGGGUAUGUGUUCCGACUUACGUACAUUUCUGACUUAAGAACAUCCUCAGGAACGGAACUCAUGAGUAACCCGGGGACCCCCUGUAUAGAUAAUUAUGAUGUGCAUCAUAUCACAUUGAAUUUCAUUAUCAUCUACACAACCUUUCUCAAGUGAAUAAACAGAUGUAAAAAUUUACUGACACAAACAAACCAGUAACCAUAUAUGAUUCCCACAAUGUGGUGGGGACAUAGGAAGAUUGACUGAAGGGGAGGGGACAGAUUGGCUUUAAAAUUCUACCUAAAACAAUGAAAAUUACAGAUAUUGUACGGUAUACUGUUCAAGGAAAUGUUAGAAAGAUUACAGUUGUAUUAGAUAGGAGUUGUUUCUUUUGGCUGUUUGAUGAUUAAUGCUGACCAUUCUUAGUCUCAGGCCAGCCUGCCAGUAGCAAGCUCAUCUCUUAUUUUCGUUAUCUUUUAAAAUUCCCGUCUGUCUUCAGCACAGUAAAUUCGUUACACCUCAGUUCUUCAGCCCUUUAUUCUGAAUUUGUUUAUAAUAUACAACAAAGGUCGGUACUGAAGACUGCUGUCGGUUGUGUGAAUUGCUCUCUUACAAAAGAAGUAUUAAUAUUUUCAUAGUCUUUUUACAGUACAAUAUACUACACAAAUUGUACAGCAUGGUGUAGAGAGAAGAGCAGUUUUGUAGAAUGGCACAUUUCUGUUUCCAAACCAUGCUGUAUCAGGUAAAAUUGUGGCCCAACCUAUUAGAACUCAGGUUAGGUUAGAUUAGUCUCACAUUCUCCCCCCAUACGCUGCUCUCAGGUGACCAUAAGUUGACAGAGGUAGGGUAGUCUGUGGUUCCCUGGCUGCACACAAGACACAUCUGGGUGGUGGAGGACAAAGUAAUAACUGUAAUAGACGGUUUCUGAGGAGGCCACCGAGAAUGUUGUAUCCACAAAUCUUAGGUGAAAUAUGUAAUCAUAAGGUCAUGCUUGGAUGAAAGAUGUCCUUGAAAACUGUUUUCUUCACCAAGGUUUUUUUUUGUAGAUACUGAUGUUUGAUAUAAAUGGAUUUCAUCAUUCAUUGUUGUUAAUGGAAAAAAAGGCUUGUAGGUUUUCUAAGCCAUUGUAUACAGUUGUAUUUCAAUUUCUUCAAAACUAUUAAUUUUCUUCAAGAUAUUUAGAAAUUUUUGUUGGUACUGAUGUUCAAAAUAAGUUACCUGUAUUUCAAUCAUGUUUUUAUAUAAACAAAAUUACUAGUUUUCUCUUGUUAUACCAUUACCCAGGGUUGAUCAUAUAUAGGUGCCACAUGAUGCAAGUUCAGUGUGCUUCAAUUCAGUAUAAUCAUCAAACAAGUUUAUAAUGCCUCAGUAAGUGUCAGUGUAAUCUUGUAUGGCGAUUUUACUGAUUAAAACUGAACUGAAAUGAAAUUGCAUCAUGUUUCUUACCAGGUGACUUACAAGAGACAUUAGUGUAAUAAACUAUUUGGUUAUCUUGUGUAACACUCACAGGUAAUAUACAAGAUGCUGCUCUUACUUAUAUCAGUGAGAAUAAUUCAUACAGGAACAACUUGUAGUGUUACUGUAGCUGUUAUACUGUGGAUUUAAAAUUGACUAAAUAUAAAUUGAGGAUAACUGGAUUUAUUUUAGUAUCUUGUGAAGUUUGGUACACCUCUUCUACCUCAUUUAGUUGGGAAAAUUGUGAGGUUGGUAGAAAAAUUGAUAACCUCAAGAAAUGUAAUCUGUCUUCCUUUCAUCACUCAUCAUUGCACUAGUAAUUAUUAAGUGAAAUGUGUUAUACAAUAUACAGAUAUCCUCUACCGAUACUGUAUCCUCUACCCUGUAAGGUUACACGCACUGUGAAAUCUAAUACUGUUGAGAUUAGAAUCUAAUGCUUAUUAAUAACAGGAUAAUAUAGAGAGACAAAGAGCUUCAACAUAAUAAAUAUAAAUAAAUUGAGCUACAUUAAACUAGGUAAUUCACUGGUACUGUAGUUUGUUUAGGAGCCACUGAUGCUGGAGAGUUGACCUUCAUCCCGAGACAUUGUCGAUAAGACAUGUUGGUUAUCGACCACUUAACUUUUGGGAGACCCUAAGCUAGCUACCCCUUGUCCUCCCAGCACGUGACACCUCAUCAGUGGAAAACUAAGGUCAGGUUUCUCAAAAGUUUGUAUGUUGGAUUUUCCUCUUAACUGGAGAUGUAAGAAUGCACCUUAACUGGAACUCUGGAGCCACAGCACAAAAAAAUAAUGUUCAAAAUAGCAUCAACACCACACUGAUUACCUAUCUUGAAGCCAGUUAGGAGCCAAACUGAUGUACAGAUUUUUUUUUAACUCUUGACUCUGAUCACUGGAUGCUUAUACUGACCUCUAUGCUUGAUGUUUUCCAGUCUUGGUCUUCCUACUUUCCUGUUAAUGAUUUUCUUUACCAUCUUUUAUUCAUCUCUCUAUUCACCGUUAAUUUCUUCUCACUGUAUUUGGACGUUUAGUUCAUUUAUCUCUCUUACUCUCGUCUUUUCUGAUAAUUUAUAUAAAUGAACAUUUUGUUAAGUUUAGAUUGACUGACUAUAACACCUUACCCAUAAAGAGCCCAGUUUUUAUACCUUAUCAUCAUAAAUAUAUGUAUAAAAUAAGAUUCUCUUUCGUGUCAUAACAGUGAGAUGUUUCCCUCAUUUAUUGUAGGAUCUCUUCACUUCACAUGUUAACUGCUGUACAUUUAUGCAGAAUAUAUUUUUAGAUACCUUUGCUUAAGCUUAAACCAUUUACUGGAGAAUGAUAGUGAGAAAAUUGAGCACAAAAUGAAGUGUUCAACUAGUCUGAAGGUUGAUGAUGAAACAUUUUAACUGAAUUGUGAUGGAAAUUUAUCUCAUCAAUGAAUUUUUUUUAUAUUAGUAUGUAUUUGUCCCUCUAACCUUGCCUUUAUUUCAUCUUUUUACCAUUGUUUCCCACAUGAGACCACACCUGUUCCACCUGAAGUUGAGAAGUGAGGAUGAGUGUUUAGUUUCAUACCAGUAGACCGCUCCUUAUAUGGAUCAGUCCCCUUCAUUACCACAGGGCUGAGCUAUAGUACACCACUUUAUUACAGUCUGUGGUGACCAAGGGGUUAAUGGAGUAAAUAAGAAGUACUGUACAUGUAUUUGUCACUUUGAUAGAUAUGGUCUUGGAUGUAAAUGACCAUAUGAGGCAUACAUACCUUAAUUUAGACAGGUUCACACCAUGAAUUUGUGUAAAAUUUUAAAACCAAAGGCUCUCUAUAGAAGCACAGUGUUUGAUCCUGUUGCUGAGCAUGAGUGUGACAGGAUAAUGAGCCAUACAAGUAAAGGAUUAUAAAUGUUCUUCAGGUAUAGAGAGAACCUUUUCUGUCAUCACUUAAAAAUUUUGGCAACAAUUUCUGUGUGAAUUAAAGUGUGACAGCAAAUUUGGUAUGUUUAAAAUCUGUACUGUACUAUACCAAGUUUUCUGAGCAUUGUUCGUAGGAGACAAUUGUUAAGGAAUUAACAUUUUGGGAGAGUCUUGUUGGUGUACUAGGGUAUGUUGUAAAGUAAACACGGUAUCACAGUGACACGGGAUAAAAAAAUGCAAUGUUGUCAUUUCUAAUAUAUGAUUCAUGUCCAACCAUUACUGUAGUGCAUCAUAUCCCAACCACGACUCAUCUUGUAAGUGAUACAUUAAGAAUUUCUCAUUUUACUCAUACAGUACACGGGUAAAGUGUAUCCAUGUUCUUCAUUAAACACACAGCUGUAUUAAGUCUGGAGAAUUAAUGUUGCCAAACUAUAAUAUAACUGCAGUACUGUACAGUACAUUACAGAUAUUUGCAUAUUAAUUUGAUUUUAAGACAUACAGUAUUGUAUUUAUUACUGUACAGUACAGUACUUCAGUUACAUAAAAGCCUCCUGCUGCAGAGGCAUUGGAACCAUUAGUACAACAUGGACUUAUCUAGGCAUGGUUUAUUUUAUUUACAAUAAAUAUACUGUAUUGGUUUGUUUGGCAUCUUGACUUAUCAGUCAUCUCUUAAAAUUUACACUACUUUACCAAUGACAUUUAUUGCAGUACUGUACAGUAUUUAGGAAAACAUAUAAUUUUCAUUACAGGUACAGGUAGUAUUGUACUGUAAUAUUAAUGGAGCAUUCCGUAGUCAGAUAUGAUAAAAGUGAAAAAUUUAAUGAAAGAGGAUGAGUGAAGAGAUAUCACGUAUAUACAGUAUUGUACCUUAACAAAUGUACAGUACAGGAGUAGAUAUAUAUAAGUGUCACACACUUGUGUUGGUCAUCAAGCUCAGAAGGUGUCAGGUGGCACAGUUGUUGAGGUGCGGUCCAUCAGUAACCACUCCUCCAUUAUUCUUUUUAUCAAACUAAAUGUCUGGUAUGAAAUUGGGUCUCAUCUGUAUCUUUCAAUUUACCGGUAAUAGCGCAGUAUUAAAGCUGAAAGCCUACUUCACUUAUAUUGUACAGUAUAUUAAAUAAUUUAACUUUUAUUUCAUGAAAUGCAUUCCAAAAAUUCUACUUUAAUGUUCAGAGUCAGUAGGAUUUUAUGCUUAUUAAAUAUGAGAUCUGGAUGUGUUGUGAGAAGCAACAUUAUGAUCAGGAGUUAUGUGUAAAAUUCUCAGCUACACCUGUAAUGAAUCACAAAAACUAAAGUUCUUUUAUUGUGCAAAUUAUCUAAAUCUUAAAAUGCAUUUGUGCAAAAAUUUAAUGUUUCAAAAAAAACUGGUCAUAGUCAACUUAUACUACAGGAAUCCUUUGUCAAGCCUUUCAGUACUUUAGUGUGCACAAACAGCUCCACCAGUCAAUAACACUUCAUAGCUUUUAGUCUUCACUUGCAUUACUUUUAAGCUUAUUGGGUCUUUGGUAAUGGAAGGGGAUCAAGUGUUUAGUGACCCCGGCUUUUAGAUGAGACUUGCAUGAUUUUCACUGUUUUAUGGGGAAAUGUAAUUUUUUAUUCAGUAUAAAAGACUAUGGAAGGAAAUGAAUAACUUUGCAGCUUAUAAUGUCCUUAAUACUGUAGUGUGUAACUGAAGAUUUCUUGAGUAUGGUAUUUCUAUUAACUUUUAAUCCUUAUAUUACUGUAAAGAUUUGAUACUGUACUGUAUUUCUUUCCUGUCAACAAUCAAUCAUCAGUGUCAUGUGAUCUGAGGAAUAAUUAUACUAUAUUACCAUUUGUGUGGGUUUUUAGCAUCAGGUUAACUGUCACGAGCACCGCUGUACACCUUUUAAGUUUCUUGAUCACAUGUACAGUAUAUUUGAGUGUAUAUUUUUUUUUUUUACCAAACUCCAAAUAUCGGACUCUUUAUAAUGUGACAUAAACCAUAGUUUUAUGUACUGUAUUUAUUCUUUAAUCACUGCCAAUUGGCAAUGUAGUAGAGAUCAAAACUAACUUUAAAAAGAUAAUUUACUAUAAUGGUACCGAGGGAGAACAAGCCUCUUCAUUUUGUAAAAUUUGUAAAACUGACGAGUUGCAGUGUAAGGGACCAUAUGAAUGGACAUGAUCAAGUGACUCAUGUGGUGUGGCUCUCAAGACAGUGUUUACAGGUUAUUUAUCUAAUGGAGGUUUGUUACCUUGUCACUGAUCACAUUCUACUACUUGUUGACUGGCUCCAACAUGUACUUCACAUCUCACGGACAUAUGUGAACCUCAAUGAUAAUCUGGGUGAUAAGUUCCAUUUGCACGUAUGGUUUGUGUUUUAUGUGUUAGUGCAGAAUAUUCAGGCACACUACACUCCUGUCAAGAAGAUCUCAAGCUUCUCACCAAACCAGGAUUUCUUAAGAUCACCGGAGUGUUUUUAAGGUUUUGGAUAUUUUAUUGUGUAUACUGUAAUUAAAGCCACUAAGUUGAAUUACUCAGCACAAGCACAUGAUAGUCACAAGUUCCCAGGUAGACAUGUGACGGCAUCAUGUGGGUGUACAAAAUGUCUAGUCAUACACUCCCUGCAAUAAUGUGAAAAUAUAAAACCUGUGGUGCGACCCAAAGGACCUGUAGUUUAGACUUUGAGUGGCAGCUUGUACAUCCCCCUGAGAGAUGAGGGUUCACCCUACUUAAUGUCUCUCCCUCAAAUUUCACUCAGAUUGUGAUAUUCACAAUAAAGUUUCCUAUUGAA